AUGGCUCCUUCAUUGCUCAAAGGACCUCAAAAUGUCAACUUUAUUGUUCCCACAAACCCAUCUGGUCUAGGCUUUGUAGGUUUAAAUUUUCAUGUUAGUUGUUUUCCCUCAAAAAAUCUAGUACCAUGCCAAAAUGGGAAUCAAUAUUCAAGAAUCUUAGCACCCAGGUGUUCUAUAUCAUCUGUAAGGCCUGCUUCUCAGCCUAGGUUCAUACAACACAAGAAAGAGGCAUUUUGGCUCUAUAGAUUCCUGUCUAUAGUGUAUGAUCAUGUCAUAAACCCUGGUCAUUGGACUGAGGACAUGAGGGAUGAGGCACUUGAGCCUGCUGACCUCUAUGAUAGGAGGAUGACAGUGGUAGAUGUUGGUGGUGGUACUGGGUUCACUACUUUGGGUAUUGUUAAACAUGUAGAUGCCAAGAAUGUUACAAUUCUAGACCAGUCGCCUCACCAGCUCGCUAAGGCUAAGAAGAAGGAAGCCUUGAAGGAAUGCAAGAUAGUUGAAGGGGAUGCUGAGGAUCUUCCCUUCCCUACUGAUUAUGCAGAUCGUUAUGUAUCCGCUGGAAGUAUUGAGUACUGGCCGGAUCCCCAACGUGGCAUCAAAGAAGCAUACAGGGUGCUGAAAAUAGGAGGGAAAGCGUGUAUUAUAGGUCCCGUCUACCCAACCUUUUGGCUGUCUCGAUUUUUUGCGGAUGUGUGGAUGCUCUUCCCAAAAGAGGAAGAGUACAUUGAAUGGUUCAAAAAGGCUGGAUUUAAAGAUGUUAAACUGAAAAGGAUUGGUCCAAAAUGGUAUCGUGGUGUCCGUCGGCAUGGUUUGAUCAUGGGUUGCUCUGUGACUGGUGUAAAGCCAUUAUCAGGAGACUCUCCGCUGCAGCUUGGUCCAAAGGCAGAGGAUAUUAAGAAGCCAGUGAAUCCAUUGGUGUUCUUCAUGCGAUUCAUUCUUGGGGCCAUGGCAGCAACAUACUAUAUUCUGGUUCCAAUUUACAUGUGGCUCAAAGAUCAAAUUGUCCCAAAGGGCAUGCCUAUAUGA